AUGCCUGCAGACGGAUUCACGAUUAAAAGUCGCAUCAGGAAUUUGCUGCGCUCUCCGACAACCAGACACAAGAAGAACAGGGGAGAGAACCUCAGCAGCAAGGUGAGUUUGGAGAGGGUUCUAGGAAUCACUGCUUCAGGGAACAGCGGUCUGGCCUGUGACCCCCGAUCUGGACUAGUUGCCUAUCCUGCAGGGUGUGUGGUCGUCUUGCUGAACCCCAAGAAGAACAGGCAGCACCACAUUAUCACUUCAAGGAAGACCAUCACAGCUCUAUCCUUCUCUCCUGAUGGCAAGUACCUGGUCACUGGAGAGAGCGGCCACCGGCCAGCGGUGAGACUGUGGGACGUGGCCGAAAGAAGACAGGUGGCCGAGCUACAGACGCACAAAUAUGGCGUCUCCUGCGUGGCGGUCUCCCCCAACAACAAAUACAUUGUCAGUGUGGGAAACCAGCAUGACAUGAUUGUCAGCGUCUGGGCUUGGAAGAAAGAUGUAGUGGUCGCUGCUAACAAGGUGUCCAGUAAGGUGACAGGUGUGUCUUUCUCUGAGGACAGCUCCUACUUUGUAACUGUCGGGAACAGACACAUCAAAUUCUGGUAUCUGGACCACUGCAAGGCCAGCAAGGCCAGUGCCCCCGUCCCCCUGCUGGGCCGCUCGGGGCUGCUGGGAGAGCUGAGGAACAACUUCUUCUGUGACGUGGCCUGUGGACGGGGCUCCACAUCUGACUCCACCUUCUGCAUUACCUCCUCUGGCCUGCUGUGUGAGUUCAACAGCAAGAGGAUGCUGGACAAGUGGGUGGACCUACGGACGGGCGUGGCCCAGUCUCUGUCUCUGUCUGAGGACAUGAUCUUCUGCGGCUGUGCCGAUGGAACGGUGCGAGCCUUCAGCCCCGUUGACCUGCACUUCGUCUGUACGCUGCCGCGGCCGCACCCCCUUGGCUCUGACGUCUCUGCUGUCACCGAGGCCAGCCACCUAUUUUCCACCAAGACGGACGCCCGUUACCCAGAUGCCAUUGCUGUUACCUACGACCCCGUCAGCCGCUGGCUGAGCUGUGUGUAUAAUGACCACAGUCUGUACGUGUGGGAUGUGCGAGAUGUCAACAGGGUGGGGAAGGUGCACUCUGCCCUCUUCCAUGCUGCCUGUGUCGGGGACCUGGAGAUGUUCCCAGAUGUUCCUGGGGGAGUGGGUGCUGCUCUGUCAUCGGGUGCAUUUCUUAGCUGCUCAGCCGAUAACACCAUCAGACUGUGGCGCAUGGACGAUUGGGCACAUUCUCAGAACAUCCUCAGCCGUGAUCUCCUGAAUAUAAUCUACAUAGAUGGAAACACUAGUGCCUUGCUGGAUCCAGAAUGUACGACAUCUGUGCAUGCAGACAAACCAGGAGAUGGACAGACAGCAGAAAGUAGGACUGGCAUCAGGACCAUCUGCAUUAGUCCAGAUGGCAAACACUUGGCAUCUGGAGAUCGCAACGGGAUGCUGAGGGUUCAUGACCUCAGCAGCAUGGAGGAGAUUCUGAAAGUGGAGGCACAUGAUGCUGAGAUCCUCUGUCUUGAAUACAGCAAACCAGAAACUGGUCUGAAGCUGCUGGCCACAGCUAGCAGGGACCGUCUGAUCCAUGUCUUGGACGCUGAGGAUGACUACAGUCUGGUGCAGACACUCGACGAGCACUCUUCAUCCAUAACAGCCGUGCGCUUUGCUGCCAAUGACAACAAGGUGAGGAUGAUCAGCUGUGGGGCAGACAAGAGCAUCUAUUUUCGCACGGCACACAAGACUGACAGAGGAACAGAGUUCAAGCGUUCCCACCACAUGGUGAGGAAGACCACACUGUACGACAUGGGCGUAGACCCCACCUGCAAGUAUGCUGCUGUUGGCUGUCAGGACCGCUGCAUCAGGAUUUUCAACAUCAGCAGCGGCAAACAGAAGAAACUCUACAAGGGAUCCCUGAGUGAGGAUGGCAGUCUGUUCAGGGUACAGCUUGAUCCGUCAGGUCAAUACGUGGCCACCAGCUGCUCCGAUAAAAACAUCAGCAUCUUUGACUUCUACACUGGGGAGUGUGUGGCCACUAUGUUUGGACACUCCGAGAUUGUCACUGGGAUGAAGUUUACCAACGACUGCAAGCAUUUGAUUUCUGUGUCAGGGGACAGCUGUAUCUUUGUGUGGCGACUGGCUCCAGAACUGACAAUCAGCAUGAGAGAGAGGCUCUGCCAGCUCCGACAAAACCCAAACGCACCACCGUGCAAGACCUCCAGUCUCAGGCGAGAGGUGCACAGUGCCCCCACUCUGGGUGGUCUGUCUUCUGACAGCGACCGUGAGCCCGAGGAGGAGGACGGAGCAGAGAACGAUGACCCCAACGACCCAGAGGACAACGCAACCAAUACCUCCUCUGACAGCAGCCAUGGCGAGGAGGACACAGGUGGCUCAGAUGAAGGACAGGACUGGGAGCUGACAAAGCAUGGACUCGUUGGCCAGGUCUCUCCUGACUCCUCUAAGCGCCCUCGAAGGCGCUGGUCUCACCGCAUGGGCUCUCUGGAGGUGAUGGUUAAAUCCAUGAUGGACCUGAGGCAGCUGGAGACCUUUGCUCACAAGAAAAACCCCAACUGCCCCCCUCAUGACAGAGAGAGACAGAGCACGUCCAGCCUCCAGGAGCCCAUGCUUCAGUUGGAGGAGAGAGCCAAGAGGCAUCGGCCCUGGCCGCACACUGACUGGCUGUCCUCACACCCAUCCAAGGGCAUCAGGGGGGCCGACGGAGCCGUGCUGUACCCCGAGGAGAACGAGGACGCCACAAGUCUACGGGGCAGUGAUUACAUGGUGAAGGAGCAGCACUGCAGGAUGCAAGGGCGAGGGAUCCGCAGCGAGAGCCAGGAAAGCCGCAGCCCAGACAGCGCUUGCUCUCUGGGCUACGACAGCAGGGAGUCCAGCCCGGAUCGUGUCCUGGAGGAUUCUGCAGAUGUGGAGUCCCUGGGGCAGGACAGCUCUGCUGAGGAGAAUGAAGAGGGGGAGGAAGAUGAGCAAAAGGCAGAAGUGACGAGUAUGGACGAGGCUUUGAGGACAGUGACUGGCGCUGCUGACCGCAGUCCAGAAGAUUUCCUGAAGCAGAACUUUGAGAUGCUGGCAGAAAGCUGCAGCAUGGCUGAGCAGAGCAGAGUCCCUAGGCUCAGUAUGUCUUCACGCUUCCUGGCCAGAGGACAUAAUAACAGGGCUUUGUCUCCAUUUGCCAGGGUGCAUGGAAAGGAACAAGGCAGUCUCUCCGCUAAGCCCCCUGUGUCAAAAGUACGACCAUUGAUGGAAGAUAGCAUGGAGGACAAGACCCCUGCAUCCCCCGGCAGGAGCGAGAGGCUUAACAGGAUUGAUGCUCCAGAGAGAGACUGCACUCCUACCCAUAGACCCCUGAAGAAGAAGACGUCAGGGUCCCACCUGUGGAGGUUGUCCAACCCUCCAUCCAAAGCGACGUGUUUACAGAAAUCACACUCUGCCCAGAACCUGGCCUCGGACUCUCCUCACUCAUCUGUGCCCUCUAGUGACCAAAGGGAGUUGUGCAAGAGACCUCAGCUGCUUUUCCUGGAUCACGACGCUUCCAGGCCGUCCUUCCACUUUUCUUCACCCUCUUCUGGCUCCCCACAGUCCCCCCAGUCCCCCCUGCCCUGGGAGAGCCCCAGACUCAAGCCCCAGCACUCCUACAUGAACCCCACCGCCAGCUCCAUGGCAAAAAGCAGCCGCUCCUCCUCGCUGGGAGAGGGCAUCCAGAUGCGCACUCCGCCCUGCUCUCCCUCCUUCCACAAGAGCAGGAGGUCGUGUGGGGAGCUGGAGGGUGAUCCUCCCCUGCUCACAUCUUCUCCAGUCGCUGCUGCCCCCUCUGCUGUCUCAUCAGCAUCCUCCCUCUCAUUGCGUCCUCUGUCGAACAGUCCCUCCCCGACUCCUCCCCACCCUACAGCUACAGUUUCACCCACUCCUUCUACCCAGAACAUCCCACCCUCUCGCAUCCCACUCCCCAGACAGCCUCUCAGCCCUCGCCGCAGCCUCUGCCUGGAGGGGAUGCCGAGCUCAAGUUGGUCUGGAGGCCCGGCGAGGGAUUCUACUCCGACCAUAGAUCCUGGAUGUGAUGUUACACCUACUCCAGGAAGGCAAGCUCUGGUGAGGCACCUGUCUUUGGAUCCUUCUUUGCCAAGUUCACUACCAGUGAAGCAGAAGAGAGGCUCAGACUCAGAGAGUGUCAAGGAGCCAGGCCAGGUGGCUGUAGCCAAAGAGUGCCCUCUGGUGCCUGAACAGGCCCCAACAUCGAGCGCUGACCCACAGCCAGAUCACUCUAUCACCUUGGAAACUUGUAGGCAGACUGUUACUGAGCUUCACAACAGUCUGAGGAAAACCGUUGUGCUCUACAAAACGGGGCUUCAGAGCAGCCAGCAGCCCAGUGAAGAUCAAAAAGAAAUGAAGAGCAUCCUGUCUGAGACCCUGUUGACAGUCAAGGCUGAGCUGGAUUCGCUGCCUCACCCCACCUCGCAGUGCGAAGGGCCCCGAGUGGACCAAGAGGUCAAAGGUGAGGGAGAGAAGGCCCUGGCUCUGCUGGAGCAGUACGCUGAGCUGCUGCUGAAGUCUGUGGAGAAGAGACUAGAUACCAAGACUUGAGGAGAUGGACUGAUGUUUGCUAUGUGUAUGGAUGCACAUAUGCUCAUGGAGCCAGACACA